AUGGGCAAGCCUUUAGACGCCGCGUCGCCCAACCCCUCAUCCUCCUCAACCCCAUCCCGCCUCACGGAACCAUAUGCGUCCAUCACUCCCCAUCCGCCGCCGCCCCAUCGCUACUUUGACGAAGACCCGACCGAGCUCGCAAACGACGACCUACCUCCCCUGUACUCGGAUCACGAAGAGUUCAACGCCGACUCCUGCACGCCCUUUGACCCUCUCCUCCCUCGGGUCCCUCACGGCGACAUCUUUGAAGCCGUCCACCCGUUUCGCCACGACGAAACAUGCGCCUACUUCCUCGACCCCAGGCUAGACCGCGACCCAGACUUUCUGGCCGACCACAUUUACAAGCUGGCCCAGCUGCCCCCGCGGCCCUUUGUCAAAAUCGUCGGCACACACACGGAAAAGUCGGGCGACAAGAGCCGGGAGACCAGGACAGUCACCGACUUUGACAUUGAGAUUGAGCUCACCCACCUCCUGUACAGCGACAUACGCUCCGCGCAGGCAUGGCGCUCCGUCAAGACGGCGGGCAACUUUGAAAAGGUCCGCCGCGGGACAGUCUUCGCGACGCGCGCCCCGGGGUUCGGCGGCACGGGGCCCGUCCCGGAGGAGGGCACGCCGGAGCUGCGCGAGUGGUGCCGCCGCUACUGCGCCUCCGGGGCCUCGCUCAAGUGCUUCACCAUGGAGCGGAGGGUCGAGGGGUACGACUGGGACACGCUGCGCCGCCGGCUGGAGGGCCUCGUCGGCGCGACAAACUACCGGGGACACGUGCAGAUCGAGUUCCCCGUGCGCCACUCCCUCGUCCGCGUCUACAACGACUGCCGCGCCAACCGGUGGCGGCUGACGCCGUGGAUCGCCAAGGUGUUUGUCUUCACCCUCGCGUUUGUGCUUGCCUGGCCGCUCCUGUUCUUCUCCACCAGGCGCUGGGAGACGGUGACGGCCGAAUGGCGGAUGAGCGAGGCGGCCGCCGUGCCGGGCCGCAGGCGGUACGUCUCGCUGAGCGAGGAGGCGUGGUAUGCCGCGUGGGCGGCCACGAUCCAGGCGGCCAUGCUGGAGAGGAGGAGGGGCCUGCUGGACCAGGGCGACCUGGAGAGGACGCGGAGAGGCGGCUGCCGGCCCGGGGAGGGGAUGGGCGGCGCCGAGGCCAUGGGCGUUGUGAAUCGGUCUUUUGGCUGGGGGGGAGAUGAUUAUUGA